AUGGUGAUCACAUGCGGGAGCCCCAUGCGCAAGCACCAGCCCCGGCUCGACCUAACUUCGGCCUGUGCCGAAGAGGAAAUGAGCAACACCCCAGAUUGGAAGCUGCCAACGCCCCUGGGACCUGUCCAUCCACCAUCAGCCUCCUCCGGCCUGAGCACCACCAAAGCUCCGGGACGGAGCUGGGAACUGUCUCCCCCGACAGCAAAGAGCUUCCCCGUGCAUGAGGCACAGGUGGUCCACUGGCCCCAGCAGGGCCCUUUCUGGCAGUUCAUGGACAUGAAGGUGGAGAAGAGACUAGCCGGGCGCAAGGAGCGCCGCAGCCGCUUUGGAGAGGUGAAUGUCCACAGGCACUACCCGUCUGGGCAGGUCUUCUCUCCCUUCCAGGCCCUCGCCACCAUGGAGAUGCGAAGGCUGGUGUUUCCCGGAGACACACCCAUGAGCUCUGAGAUGCAGAGAGUGGCUGCUUUGUCCCUCAACGACAUCAACCUCCAGGAUUUACCCCCGUCUUCCACAGAACUGGGCUUGGGAAAGGAUGACAACCCCCACGACAGAGAGAAACCAGUGAGCCACAUGAAAACACUUCUAUUUCCCCCGAUAGUUAAAACAGCAAAAUAUAACGACACCAAAUAA